CACCAUGAGGGGCCUCCUGUGCUCACCUCUGCCCGUGUUACUGCUGCUUCUCCCGCCCUGGGAAGCCCAGCUCCAGUCUACAGGUCCCAAGUGCAGAACUGGGCCCCUGGAUUUGGUGUUCGUGAUUGACAGCUCCCGCAGCGUACGCCCCUUCGAGUUCGAGACCAUGCGGCAGUUCCUGGUGGGCCUUCUCCGCGGCUUGGACGUGGGGCCCAACGCCACGCGCGUCGGUGUCAUCCAGUAUUCCAGCCAGGUGCAGAGCGUCUUUCCGCUGGGUGCCUUCUCGCGCCACGAGGACAUGGAGCGCGCCAUCCGCGCGCUCGUGCCGCUGGCGCAGGGCACCAUGACCGGGCUUGCCAUCCAAUACGCCAUGAACGUGGCCUUCAGCGUGGCCGAGGGUGCGCGCCCGCCGGAGGCGCGCGUGCCGCGCGUCGCCGUCAUCGUGACCGACGGGCGGCCCCAGGACCGGGUGGCGGAGGUGGCAGCACAGGCGCGCGCGCGGGGCAUCGAGAUCUACGCCGUGGGGGUGCAGCGCGCCGACGUGGGCUCCCUGCGCGCCAUGGCGUCGCCUCCGCUCGAUGAGCACGUCUUCCUGGUCGAGUCCUUCGAUCUCAUCCAGGAGUUUGGCCUGCAGUUCCAGGGCCGGCUGUGCGCCAUUGACCAUUGCGCCCAAGGGACCCAUGGAUGUGAGCACGAGUGUGUUAGCUCUCCAGGCUCCUAUUCCUGUCGCUGUCGAGCUGGCUUUGUGCUUCAGCAAGACCAAAGGAGCUGCAGAGCCAUUGACCACUGCAGUUUUGGAAACCACAGUUGCCAGCAUGCGUGUGUCAGCACCCUUAGUGGACCCCGGUGUCGCUGCAGAGAGGGACAUGACUUACUGCCCGACGGGAAGCACUGUCAGGCCCGGGACUUCUGCAAUGGUGUCGACCACGGUUGUGAAUUCCAGUGUGUGAGCGAAGGCCGCUCCUAUCGCUGCCUGUGCCCUGACGGACGGCAGCUCCAGGCAGAUGGCAAAAGCUGCAACCGGUGCAGGGAGGGCCACGUGGACUUGGUUAUUCUCAUCGAUGGCUCCAAAAGCGUGCGCCCGCAGAACUUCGAGCUGGUGAAGCGCUUCGUGAACCAGAUCGUGGACUUCCUGGACGUGUCCCCCGAGGGCACGCGCGUGGGGCUGGUGCAGUUCUCGAGCCGCGUGCGCACCGAGUUCCCGCUGGGCCGCUAUGGGACUGCGGCCGAGGUGAAGCACGCAGUGCUGGCGGUGGAGUACAUGGAGCGCGGCACGAUGACCGGCGCCGCCCUGCGCCACCUGGCCGAGCACAGCUUCUCCGAGGCGCAGGGCGCGCGGCCCCGCGCCCUCAACGUGCCUCGGGUCGGCCUGGUGUUCACCGACGGCCGCUCCCAGGACGACAUCUCCGAGUGGGCGGCGCGGGUCAAGGAGGAGGGCAUCGUCAUGUACGCUGUGGGCGUGGGCAAAGCGGUGGAGGAGGAGCUGCGAGAGAUCGCCUCGGAGCCCCCUGAGCUGCACGUGUCCUACUCCCCCGACUUCAGCACCAUGACGCACCUGCUGGACAACCUGAAAGGCAGCAUCUGCCCAGAGGAGGGCAUCAGCGCAGGGACAGAGCUGCGGAGUCCUUGCGAAUGUGAAAGCCUCGUGGAGUUCCAGGGCCGCACGUUGGGGGCACUGGACAGCCUGACGCAGAACUUGGCCCGGCUGAGCGCGCGCCUGGAGGACCUGGAGAACCAGCUGGCCAGACGGAAGUGA